GCGCUGCUGCUGCGGGUCACCCCCGCCUUCCCCGCCCGCCGCCCCCCCCGGCCCAGCGCCCACGUCCUGGACCUGCUGCCCGGGGGCCGAGUGGGGCCGCACGUGGACAGCGUCAAGUUCUGCGGCUGCACCAUCGCGGGGCUGUCGCUGCUGUCCCCCAGUGUCCUGCGGCUCCGGAGCCUCCGCGACCCCCAGGACUGGCUGGAGCUGCUGCUGGAGCCGGGCUCCCUCUACGUCCUGCGGGGUGCUGCCAGGUACGAGUUCACCCACGAGAUCCUCCCGGACGAGGAAUCGUUUUUCGGGGGGCUCCGGGUGCCGCGGGGGCGCCGGGUGGCCCUGAUCUUCCGCAACGACCCCCCCGAGAUGCCUCCGGAGCCUCUCGGUGACCUCCCGGCGUUUAUUGAGGACCCCCAGGACCCUCCGGCCCCCCAAUAAACAGCGAUUCCCCCCA